UAACAUUUCAUAAACUUUGAAAACAUCAAACACUAACACAACCCCAAAACCAUGGACAUGAAUCCCAACACUACACUCCCUCCAGGCUUCCGGUUUCAUCCUACCGAUGAAGAACUCAUCGUUUACUACCUCAAAAACCAAACCAUGUCUAGACCAUGCCCUGUCUCGAUCAUACCAGAAGUCGAUAUCUACAAGUUCGACCCAUGGCAGUUACCCGAGAAAACAGAGUUUGGAGAAAAUGAGUGGUAUUUCUUCAGCCCAAGAGACCGGAAGUAUCCAAACGGAGUCCGUCCGAACCGGGCAGCUGUUUCCGGUUAUUGGAAAGCGACCGGUACAGACAAAGCCAUUUACAGCGGUUCAAGUAACGUAGGCGUCAAGAAAGCUCUCGUCUUCUACAAAGGCCGACCUCCCAAGGGGAUCAAAACUGACUGGAUCAUGCACGAGUACCGUCUCAACGAUUCACGUAAAGCAUCAACCAAACGUAGCGGUUCUAUGAGGUUGGAUGAAUGGGUACUAUGUAGGAUAUACAAGAAGAGAGGAGCAGGGAAGCUUCUAGAUGAGAAAGAGGGUUACAUGGAUGAAGUACAAAUCGAUGAGACGUUAACAGUUGUUACGAACGAAGCAAAGCCAACAAAUGAGGAAGAGAUAACGAUGAUGACGUCGACGAAACUUCCGAGGACGUGCUCGCUUGCUCAUUUGCUAGAAAUGGAUUACAUGGGACCCAUCUCACACAUUUUAACACCGUUCGAUCUUCAUAGUCCUGAUCCGAACAUUGUGAACGAGUCCGGUUGGUUCGGUGAUCUACAGAUUAGCCAAGACGAGAUCAUGAACCAUCAUCGUCAGGCUAGUAUGUUUCAGUUUUAGUGAUGGACUGGAAUAAAGAAGAAAGAAAUAAACAUGGAAGAUUGUAAAAUAUUAACUAGUAAAGAACCAAAUUGUGAUUCUUUAUAUUUUCUUGCGUAUGAAUGUGAAACGAAAAGAUAUGUUUAAUUAA